GCCAGUAGGUGGCAGUAUGUGGAAAUAUAGGUUGUAUGCCACUCACGACUGUUUGCGGAAGUGCUACAUUGUUUCCACGAGACAAGCAGGUCUAGACUGAAAUGUAGCUAAAGAAAGCAGGACAAUCUUAUUUGGUAGUGACCAGUGGUGAGCCUUCAGAAUAGCCAUGAUGUCUUUCAGGAUGGUCUCCUUGAUAGCCUCCAGGCUUGUCAAACUGUCAGUGAUGCCCACAUGGAGCUGUAGUCGACAUGUCAGCAGCGAUGCCAGCAAGGCCUGGAUGGAUCAGAGGCAGACACACGGGACCUCGGCCCACAGACACAGAGGGAAGGAGGAGAGGUUUGAAGAUGAAGAUCCAGAUCCAGAUAUGGACGAUGUAGACGACAAGGUCCAGGCUGUGUUCAGUGAAGAGAGAAGACGACAGAGGACGGUGAAGUACCAUAUAGUCAAGAGACAGCUGACAGAGUCUGGAGCUCCAGAGAGGAGGCUGAGCUGGGACGCCAUGGAACAGAUCAGGUAUCUGAAGCAGGAGCUACCAGAGGAAUGGACCAUUGACCGUCUGGCAGAGGGAUUCUCUGUCCAUCGUGACGUCAUCCUACGAGUCCUGAGGAGCAAGUUCGCCCCCACCCCAGAGAGGAAAGCUAAACAGGACGCCAGCGUGUGGGCCAGGCUGAGACAGCAGGCCUUACCUGGGGGUGGAGCAGGGGGACAGGGCAGGCAGCAAGCCCUACCUGGGGGUGGAGCAGGGGGACAGGAUAGGCAGGUGGCCCUACCUGGUGGUGGAGGGGCAGUGGGACCACAGCUGCCUGCCUCUGGACAUAGAAGUAGCAAACCAGCCAUGCUGCCCACAGGAAGUGACACUGGUGCCAUGGUCACCCUGGCUAGCCACAGUAGCCAGAGGCUGAUAGCCAGGGACUUGGAGGAUGGCCCAGGCCCAAGAGCCAUGAUGACUACUGCUAAUAGUCCUGCUGCUCCUCUCACCUCACUACCCACCCAGCUCUCAUCCUCCCCAACCCUGCACAGCAGGCACACCUCAGGACAAGAUUACUCUAGAGAGGAGUGGGAGGAAGAGGAGAAUGUUCCAGAGGACAAUGUGUUGAAGGUUGAGGAGAAAGGCGACCUUGAGGAGAGAUGGGAUGGAAGGGUGUUUUCAGAGGAAGAACUGGAGGAACUAAUGCUGUCGUCAAAGCAUUCGCCAGUGGUACAGAAUGGGAUAGAGUUCUUUGACCGCGAAGGAAACUUCCUGUACAGAAUCUGAGAUAGCAAAAUUGCACCCUAUUCCCUACAUAGCCCUGGUCAAAAGUAGUGCACUAAUGGCACCCUAUUCCCUAUAUAGUGCACUACUUUUGACCAGGGCCCCAUGGGUGCCAUUUUAGAAGUAGCCUGAGAUGUUAAUGUGUUGGUUUCCUAAAUGCAAUAGACUUCUGUUGGAAGAUGCCAGAGACUGAUUAUGCUGCAAACCAAUAAAGCACUAUUUCAAAUGUA